AUGUCUCUUAUAACUAGAAACCUCUGUCGUGCUCUAGUCCAGGGAUCUCAACAUGUCAGCAAAGGUUUGCAUACAAGUGCGGUAAACUCUGAAAAAAACGUAUGUUUCGCGCCACUAUCAAUUAGCAGUCUGCAAACAAGCAAGGAAGGUCGCAUCAAGUGUACUCUCAUUCCCGGAGAUGGUGUUGGUCCCGAGCUUGUAUAUUCGGUUCAAGAGGUGUUUAAGGCAACCAGCAUCCCCGUAGAUUUUGAAUCAUUCUUUUUCUCUGAAGUAAAUCCAACAUUAAGUGCUCCUUUAGAAGAUGUUGUUAGCUCAAUUGCUAGGAAUAAGAUAUGUAUCAAGGGCAUUCUGGCUACUCCGGAUUUCUCCCACACUGGUGAGCUUCAAACACUCAACAUGAAGCUCCGUAAUGCCCUGGAUCUAUACGCUAAUGUAGUGCAUGUUAAGUCACUACCUAACGUUAAGUGUAGACACACAGACGUUGAUUGCAUCAUCAUAAGAGAACAAACUGAAGGAGAGUACUCGGCAUUGGAACAUGAAUCUGUUCCCGGUGUCGUUGAAUGUCUCAAGAUAAUAACGGCUGCUAAAUCUGAACGUAUAGCUAAAUUCGCUUUUGACUACGCCGUCAAGAUGCGUCGUAAGAAGGUCACGGCGGUACAUAAGGCUAACAUCAUGAAGUUGGGAGACGGAUUGUUCUUGAGAAGUUGUGAGGAGAUGGCGAAAUUAUAUCCACGUAUACAGUUUGAGAAGAUGAUUGUUGAUAACUGCACGAUGCAGAUGGUGUCUAACCCAAAUCAGUUUGAUGUGAUGGUCACACCAAAUCUAUAUGGCAAUAUUGUGGACAAUUUAGCCAGCGGACUUGUAGGAGGAGCGGGGGUUGUGGCUGGGGCUUCAUAUAGCGCUGAUUGUGCUGUGUUUGAACAGGGUGCUCGUCAUAUAUUCUCCGGAGCUGUUGGUAAGAACAUCGCUAAUCCAACUGCGAUGCUUCUAUGUUCAGCCAAUCUUCUGUCUCACGUCAAUCUACACUCCUACGCUGAUAUGAUCAAGAACGCUAUCAAUAAAGUUCUUAAGGACGGCAAAGUGAGAACAAAGGAUUUGGGCGGACAAUCCACAACAAAGGACUUCACCAACGCUAUCAUACACUGCCUUGCCUAA